CCUGCAGCUGCGUGAACAUGGCCGUCUUUCAUCUGAACGAAUCCGACGCCACCUUUGAAGUUGGUGAAUAUCAGCAAUUUCCCAAACCUGAGCCUGAGGAUGCAGCUGCAGAGACAAGCAACAAACCGAAGUUGAGACAUGUCAGUAUGGUUCUGCUGAGCUUCGGGCUGCUGUGUGUUCUUCAGGCCGUUCUUAACAUCUCUCUGAGACUCAUCCUGAGUGAACCAGCUGUUAAAGGUGAAACACUGGAACACAGCUGUCCGCAGAGCUGGCUGAUGUUCGGCUCCAGCUGUUACUACAUCUCCUCACAGAGGAAGAGCUGGGACGACAGCCGGCAGGACUGUGUGCAGAGAAACGCUGACCUGGUCAUCAUCAACAGCCGACAGGAGCAGAACUUCCUCACUGGAUUCACCGCGGUGGCGUGGAUCGGGAUGACUGACAGGGAGGUGGAGGGCACUUGGAUCUGGGUGGAUGGAACACCAGUGAACAAAGACAGUCUGCUGUGGGCUCCUGGACAGCCUGACGGAGCAUUUGGAGGCGAAGACUGUGGCGACCUUCAUACAAUGAUUAAUUUCAUUGGUCUGAACGACUUCAAGUGCAGCACAAGAAACCAGUGGAUCUGUGAGAAGACAUUAACAUAGUUGAACCUCUGUAUGUGAGUUUACC